AUGGCGGCGACCAAUAUGAUUCCGGUCGAGCUCACGAAAAGCUCUCUCCCUCUCGCAGCUUCUCGUCCCUCCUCCUCCUAUCACCGCCGGAGCCUGCUCCCCGCGAGGCCCUGCGUGGCGUCAAGAACUGCUGGUGACCGAGGCGGGAAUCUCACUGUUCUUGUGGCGGAGGAGUUUGGACAAGCGGGCCUCGAGCUCCUCCGGAGACACGUUGACAUCGUCGACUACUCCAUUGAUCUCGAUCCCGGGGAGCUCGGCCAGAGAGCCGCGCUCUGCGAGGCCCUGAUCGUGAGCAGCGAGACGAAGGUGGGCGAGGAAGUCUUCCAGUUGUCCCGCGGGAGGUUGAAGGUUGUCGGAAUCGCUGGGUUCGGCGUAGACAAUGUGGAUUUGGUGGCAGCAAACGAGAGCCGGUGCCUGGUGGUGAACGCGCCGAACGCGAGUACAGCGGCAGUGGCCGAGCAUGCCAUCGCCCUCUUGACGGCCAUGGCAAGGAACAUCGCUCGAGCAACCAUUUCCGUCAAAUUUGGUAAUUGGCAAAGAAGGAAAUAUAUGGGCAAAUGCCUUUCGGGGAAGACCUUGGCUGUGAUGGGCUUUGGAGAGGUUGGAUCUGAAGUUGCUCGCCGUGCCAAAGGUCUCGGAAUGCAUGUUAUUGCAUACGAUCCAUAUGCCUCUGAGUAUCUUGCCCUUGCAAUAGGCGUAGAGCUGGUUAGCUUCGAUAAGGCCAUAGCAAUAGCUGAUUUCAUCUCUUUACACAUGCAUCUUACUCCUGCUACAAGAAAGAUGCUCAAUGAUGAGACCUUUGCUAAGAUGAAAAGAGGAGUUCAAAUCCUCAAUGUUGCCCACGAAGGAUUAAUUGAUGAAGACUCUCUGGUGAGGGCACUUGAUGCAGGAGUGGUGUCUCAGGCAGCACUCGAUGUACUUUUGGAGGAGCCUCUGGCAAGAUCCAGCAAGUUGAUUCACCAUGAGAAUGUUAUUGUAACCCCUAACCUUGGAGCAAGCACUUUUGAAGCUCAGGAAGAAGUAGGGAUUGAAAUUGCAGAAGCAGUUAUUAAAGCUUUAAAAGGAAACCUUCCUGCUACUGUAGUCAAUGAACCAUUGGUUGCUCUGGAGGUUCUUGCAGAGUUGAAACCAUUUCUUGAUCUUGAGAACAAGUUAGGGAGAUUCAUCGUUAAAUUAAUAGCAGGAAGAGGUGGCCUGAAGACAGUAAAAGUUACGUAUGCUUCUGCUAGAGAACCUGAUCAACUUGACACCAAACUGCUCCGCACAAGGAUAAUCAAGGGCCUGAUCGAACCUAUAUCCUGUGUUAUUGUCAACUGGGUAAAUGGAGAUUCCGUUGCUAAGCAAAGAGGACUAAGAAUCACUGAAGAACGAAUGGCUUUGCAUGGCUCACCAGAGUACCCUCUUGAGUAUAUCCAGGUUCAGAUUGCCAACGCAGAAUCCACAUUCGCCAGUGCCUUAGCAAAGUCCGGGGAGAUUGAAGUAGAGGGACGGGUAAGAGAUGGAGUUUCGUAUUUGACAAAAAUAGGGAGUCUCGAAGUAAAUGUCCAGUUAGAAGGAAGCAUAUUGCUUUGCAUAGUAGUCGACCAACCAGGUUUGAUUGGGAAGAUCGGAAGCAUUUUGGGAGAGGCGAAUGUGAACAUCAGUUCCAUGAAGGCUGACAAAAUGGCUCUUCGUACGCGGUUGAUGAUGAUCUCGAUCACGGUGGACCAACAACCCAAUGAGGAAACUCUGAAGAAGGUCAGGGAUGUUCCUGCCGUUCAGGAACUCGUUUUCUUGAUGUUAUGAUGUGCUGAUAGUCAUAA